AUGUUAACAGGUUCCUCCCCUUCUGAUUGCAAAGAGAUGCCACAUCCUCCCAUAAAGCAUGUGAGGAAGGAUUUGCCGAUUCCAUCCCUCUUUCCAUUUUUAUACUUCAUGCAUCGAGCGUUGGCACAAUCGGUAGUAAGUACUUCUAGAGGCAUCGGACUGAUUAUUGGUCCAGCGAUUGGAGGUUUUUUGGCACAGCCCGCAGAUAAGUUUCCACAUAAAUUUUCUAAAGACUCACUAUUCGGGAGGUAUCCAUACUUGUUACCCUGCCUUACCAUAUCAAUCUUCUCAGGCUGUGUGUUUUUUGUUUGCUUCUGGCUUCCAGAAACUUUGCAUAGGCAUCCGAAUGAAAAUCAGUCGAAUGCACUUGAAGCUCCUUCACAUGGAUCUGAUGUGGAGGAAGCAAUCCAAGAAACUGAACAGAUAGAGUCAUCAAGUUCUGAUGUGAGUCUUUGGAAGAACUGGCCCUUGAUGUCACUCAUCCUUAUAUAUUGUGUUUUCUCACUUCAUGAGAUGGCUUACUCGGAGAUAUUCUCACUAUGGGCUGUCAGUGAUAAGAAAUAUGGAGGAUUGAGCUUUAAAUCUCAGGCAGUUGGUCGAGUUCUUGCAAUCUCAGGUAUUGGCCUUAUGGUAUUUCAAUUUUUCAUAUUUCCACCUGUUGAUAGGAGACUUGGACCGAUAUGGGUCACUCGUAUUUCAGCGAUUUUAUCAAUUGCAUUGACACAAAGUUUCCCAUUUAUGGCUCGGUUAUCGGGAUUCAGGCUUCAUUUUAUAUUAAAUGUUGUAUGCAUUUUCAAGAAUGCCCUGUCUGUCUCCACUAUCACGGGAUUAUUCAUUCUCCAGAAUGCUGCUGUUCCCCAAAAUCAAAGAGCAGCAGAAAAUGGCAUUUCAAUGACUUUAAUGUCACUUUUCAAAGCAUUUGGUCCAGCAGGGGGAGGUGCCCUGUUUUCAUUGGCCCAAAAGCGUCUGGAUGCUUCCUUUCUCCCAGGUGACCAUUUGGUUUUCACCACCUUAAAUGUAAUUACUUUUAUUGGGUUCCUGAUGACAUGGAGGCCAUUCCUUCCUCCACCCAGUGACUGGAAAAUAUUUAGAGGAAGAGUUCCAAAUGUAUGAUUAUUGUACUUGAAUUGAUCAGACAAAAAGCAGAAAAAUCUUAUUGCUCACAGGAUUUAGAUUUUUGGUAGUUCUAUUGUGAUAUCAGUAUGAGUUGAACUCAUCCUCAAGAAGGCAAUGUUUUGUUAUCCAGUAAUCUACUCUCUCUCUUUCCCUCUCCC